AAACUAAUCUAACAGUGUCUCUCAUUUACAUCAAUUCAAAGUUUAGAAAUGAAUAGACACACGACAACAUUAGUCGUACUUUCACUACUUCUCGUGGUCUCCGAUCAUACAAGGCUAAUGAUUCGAGUUCACUCGUACGUACCGUUUUGUGCAUACACAUAUGAUUAUUUCUCUUAUUGUCUUGAAUUUCUCACGGGCAAUUAUUACAAACCCGGUAAGAAAUGUUGUGUCCAUAUCGCAAAACUUAACAUAAUUGCCAAGCACAAAAAAGAGAAUCCGAGACUUCUGUGUAAUUGUGUUGAGAUGAUGACGAGAGGUUAUACGCCUCCGAUGUUGGCUGAUAAGAUCCAAGAGCUUCCUCCUCUUUGCAACACACAUCUCAGCUUCCCUAUCUCCUCUAGCAUGGACUGUUCCACGGUUUAAGUUUUAGAGAGGCUGAGUGGCUAAUUUGUUUUGGAAGGUCCAACAAAAAUGUGUAUGGGUAUUCAGUUUUAUUUGUUUCUAAUUGAUUUUGGUUCAAGGUUUCGUUUAGAGAAUGUGACUGCCAAAUUAUAUAUUGAAUUUAGUC